AUGGCGAAGGUCAAGUUUCUGCUUGAUCAAGGAAAAUCAAUUGAGAAGUUAAUGAAAGAAUCCAAACAAGUUUUGAAAACUAUCCAUGAAGAACAUGGUCACACCAGUGAAUACCUCAGGAAUCAAUGGAUACGGCAGAGGGAGUGCCAGCUUUCACAAAUGGCUGCUGAAUCACCCAAAGAGGUGGAAGACCAAUUUGAAGAAUUGGUAGAAUUGGAGGAUAAGCUCCGAGAAGCACAUGAAGAAAUGAACCAACUUCAAAGAAGGGGACGGAGGAAUCACCGCGGGGAUUGGAUGAGACAGGACCAUCAAGAACUACCUACCCCUUUGGCCCUUUUGGAGGAAGAAAUUGAAAAAAUCAUUGGAGAACUAGGAUCAGAUUCCAUUCAAAAUUUAACAGGAACCUCCAAUACACAGACCAAACACCUUAUCAAGAUGAAGAUCAGCAAGUCAAAACUUUACGAGGCUAAGGUUGGAGUGUGUGAAAUUCAAAAGAAGUGGGAUCAAAGGGGAUUAGGCACUCGUGUACAGGCUCGGAUCAAGAAGAUUAUGAAUUCCAAAACAAAGCUUCUUAGAAGCAAGUGGAAUUCUUAUGAUAAGAAGGCAACUGAUUACAAUACAAAGUUCAACCCAGAAAAUCUUGUACCUACUCCAACAUUUGAUACAGUCAAGGCUAUGGAUUUAACAGAUGCCUUCUGGAAUCUUGGAUCACUAACUCAUCCGCAAGAGGCCUGGGCAGUCGAUUCCAUUGAUUAA